AUGGAGUAUGUUGUCGGCCAGAGAGCAGAGACGAGGCCUCCUGUCGAUGGGAUCAUCCUACAAGCACCGGUGUCGGAUCGCGAAGGCUUGGAGAAGGACUUGCCGCAAGCUUUCAUGAACGAGGCGAACCAGCUUGCCUUGAAGAUGUGCAGAGAAGGCCAGGGCAAGGACUUCAUGCCCCAUAGACUCACGCAAUCCAUGGGUGAUCUUGCCAUCACUGCGAAGCGCUGGGUAGACAUUGCCUCGCCCGCUCCGAAUCGCGAUGGUGCCGACGACUAUUUCUCCCAAGACCUGUCGGAUGAGCGGCUGGCAUUGACGUUUGGGAGACUGCCCCCCAGCACACCCCUGCUCAUCCUCUAUAGCGGAAGCGAUGAGACUGUGGCAGAUUUUGUGGAUGCCCGCAAGCUAGUCCAGCGUUGGCUGCACACUACCGAGAAGCAUGGUGGAAGCGUGGAUGCGAUCAACUCGGGUAUUGUCGAGGGAGCCAGCCAUAAUCUGAACGGGCAGCCAGCUGCAAUCAUUCAAGAUCUCGUGCGACGGGUGAAUGGAUUUGUCACGCGGAUUGAAAAGGGGGAGAUCGGCGUGAAAUUCAAAUCCACUGUAUGA